AUGCAUACACAAGGAGCGCCUGCUCCUACGCCUGUCACCAAAUUCGACCCACUUGCCAAUCACCCAGCAGCAUCUAAAGUGAUGGCCCAGCAACAACCGAGCCGGAAGCCAAGCUCGACCUUCCAGCCUCGCGAGCGGGAGAUCAUUGGUACCACGUACACUUGGAGUAGUCCGAACAGUGAAUUCAACCAAAGGAAGGCAAGCCUGGUGACCCGUUCGCAGAUUCAAGCCCGCGUGCUCUGGGCUACCAUCUCUGCCCCCUUCAACAGCCUGCUGACCUUGCAUCGCCCAUUGUUCACGGUGGCGGUACCACUACCCGCUCUGCAUGAAGCCACGCUCAUCCAGCUACACCUCGAGCGAUGGGGCCAGUACUGGGUGCAUCCAGAGCAGAGACAUACCCAUCAACACAAAGUUUGUCCAGAUUCAGUAUUUGCACGAAGUCCUACGUCUAACCUAACCUUACAGCGAGCGUCUCCCCUUGAUCAUUCGCCCGAGUUGCCCUUCUAUUGUCCGGACUGUAUGCUGGCCGGUGCCAAAUGCUUCGUGAGUUCGCGUAUUCAAGCUACAACAGAUAUUGACCUUUGCAACUUGGCUAAGCUGGAAGCGGUUAUGUCGGUUGUGGAAAUGGCCGGUAGCGCCCCUGAAGGAUGUGAAAUGUGGGUUAGAGAAGGUCCCGCCGUGAAGAGAGGUUGGAGGAGACAGAAGGUGACUGGAGUAGUUAGGAUCGCCAUCCGCAUAGUUGAAAUCGCCAUCCACACAUAUGUGGAUCGACAUCCGCAUAGUUGGGAUUGCCAUCCGCACAGAUGUGGAUCGACAUCCGUGAUUAGUCAAAUUUGCAUCCACACAGUUGGGAUUGCCUUCCGCACAAAUGUGGAUCCGAAUCUACUGAUUCCCGCUACGGCAGUAUACAUAACUCGGAAAAGGAGGCUCUGCUGUGACUCAUUGUUCCGACUUCCGUUUAUGUCGCUGACCGGCGACACUCUUUUUCUUUGGCUUGCUGGAUUGGGUUUCUAUAUGUUUGAUAUUUCAUUCUGCGCUUCUUCUCUGGUCUGGCGGUACUCAUGUUCUUGGGGAGUGUUCAUCGGGGCGACUAAAUUUGGUAUGGAUCUGGAAUACAUUGAUAACCAUGACUCAAGUACUUUGCGAGUCAAUCGUUUGUAUGGUACUAGUUCCACAUCAGCUUGUGCCGGACGCGUUGAUGGUCUUGAGGAGUCGGGUUAG